AUGACUCAAAAAGACAUGACAAAAGAGACCAACAUACGUAAAGGAUUUGAAGGUUCUGGAAUAUUCCCUUUCAAUCCCUCAAGAGUGACAUUAAAAAUACCAACAGUACAAGAAGAAAAUACUCGUCAGUUUGAUGCCAGCCUUUUGGAGUUUUUACAGCGAAACAGACGAUUACAGCUAAUGAAAACAGGCAAAAAUAGUAAGCUUACAGUUGUACCUGGUAAAUCUAUAUCAACCGAAGAAGCAGAAGAGCUAGACACACCAGAAUGUCUGCAGUUGAAAAUAGUUAUUGACUCUAAACCAUAUAAAAACCCAAAUAAGAAUAAAAAACCUAAUAAUUACGUCCAAUAUAAUUAUAAAAAAGCCUCUCCUGAAAAUAUAACAGUUUUACGAGAUAUAGAUACACAAAUGAAUAAAAGAAAGCGAAGACAAGCGAGUACUUCACGAAGACCAUCAUCUAAAAUUAAAAGAAGAAAAGAUAAGAAAUUUGUGCACCACAGCGACUCAAGCCUGACGUCGGAAACUUCGUUUCUUGCUGCAGACGAUUCCGACUAUGAAAGUUUUGAUAAUUACAUUGCAUCAUGUUUGCAAGAACAAGAAGAACAAGAAAACAUAUGCCCUUUCGAAUUGAGUGAUAUUAAUUUUUAUGUUGAAGAUUAUCUUGGACUUCAAGAAAACAGCUGGAUAAUAGUUAAAUUUGCUUCGAAAAAAGUGUUAAACACUUUGUAG